CUAUAUAUAAACAUCACAUACAAAAUUCAUCUGCCAAACCACAAAUCAACCAACAUCGAUUGAGUGGAGGGUUUUUCCGAUGAGUUUUAUCGUCGGAAGAUUAGCGGCCGGUAAAGAAGGUGCUUACUUCCUACAAGAAUCCAAGCACGCCGUCGGUCGUCUCGUUGAAAAAACCAAUAAACCCACCGUUGCUGCCGGUAAUCGUCCUCCGGCAACGCCAAUUCGUGAAACUCUUGACAACGAAGCCGAUAUCCUUCCGGAGAUUUUAAAGCACAAUUUACCGUCCAGGAUUUUCCGACCACCGUCCGAUUCGACUCUGACAACUGGAUCGAAGUGGCUUCUCCACCCUGCUGAUGACAGCAAUGGCGCCUCUUUUGUAUCUCGCGAUGCUAUAAACCCUCUUAGGGCUUACGUCUCCCUUCCCCAAGUCACUUUUGGACCCAAAAGAUGGCAAUUUCCUAAUGCAGAGAAUUCUUUUGCUGCGUCAACUGCGAAUGAACUACGUAAUGACAAAUACACCCCGAUGAAUUCUGAGAGGUUGAAGGCUGCAGCUGUUGGAUUAUCGCAAAUUGCAAAAGCAUUUGCUGCUGCCACUGCUAUCGUCUUUGGUGGAGCCACAUUGACGAUUGGACUUGCAGUCUCACGGCUCGAGCUACAUACCACCAAUGAUAUUCGAACCAAAGGAAAAGAUAUCGUUCAGCCAAAAUUUGAAUCGAUCAAGGAGCACAUGGCCCCUCUACGAACUUGGGCCGAAGGUGUAUCAAAGAAAUGGCAUAUGGAGAAGGAUGAAGACAUUAAAGAGAAGCCUAUGAUUAAAGAGCUUUCAAGAAUGUUGGGUGCCAAGAGAUCAUCCUGAUUGAUAAGUUAACACUCACUAAAACUUCUUAAAAUAGUUUUACAUGGUGUUAUAUAUAU